AUGGCGAGCGCCAACACAACAUCAUACGACCUCCCGCCGCUUCCUGAAUAUACCCUUAGGCCUCUGGAGCCGCUCACAUCGUGGGCUUCGGAUGCCUUCAUACAGGCGGCCCUACCUGUUUUUGGAUACUGGAUCGUAUCCCUCAUCUUCCAUGCCAUUGACACCUACGACCUGUUUCCGCAAUACCGACUCCACACGCCCGCCGAGGUCUUGAAGCGCAAUCAUGUCUCGCGAUACGAAGUCCUGCGCGAUGUCAUACUCCAGCAAAUCAUCCAAAUAAUAGCUUCCUUCAGCCUUUCGCUGUUCGACGAGGCACCAGCCAUUGGGAAAGCUGACUACGAUGUGGCAUGGUACGCCCAGCAGCUCCGUGUCGCACAGCGUGGAAUCCCAUACGUCCUGUCCGCCGUCGGCAUCGACCCAAUCGCGCUGGCGUCCAAGGUUGCCGCUUCGCAACCAAUGCUCUCUUGCGCCCUUGUCGGAGGCAAGUACCCCUCGCUGCUGCAGACAGCGACAAUUGCAGGAGAACAAAGUUUAGUCCCGGCUUUUGCUUCCUGGGAGUUGGCCGUCGCUAGCUUCGUGUACUGGUAUGCGAUUCCUGCCAUCCAAUUCAGCGCUGCUAUUGUCAUCAUGGAUGCGUGGGAGUACAUGCUGCACCGCGCCAUGCAUCUCAACAAGUGGCUAUACGUGACUUUCCAUUCGCGCCACCACCGUCUCUACGUCCCAUAUGCUUACGGCGCUCUGUACAACCACCCGCUCGAGGGUUUCGCCCUCGACACGCUGGGUGCUGGUCUGAGCUACCUGCUUACUGGUAUGACCAUGCGACAGUCCAUGUGGUUCUUCACGGGCUCCACCAUCAAGACAGUUCUUGAUCACGGCGGUUACGCAUUCCCCUACGACCCCAUCCACUGGAUUUUCCCCAACAAUGCCGCCUACCACGACAUCCACCACCAGAGCUGGGGUAUCAAGACCAACUUCUCGCAGCCAUACUUCGUCUAUCUCGACCGGAUCGGCGGAACGAUGUACAAGGGCGACGUGACCGCGAAAUACGAGCGUGCCCGUCUCACCGCACAGCACAAGCUUGAUCAAGACAAGGAGAGUGCAUCUACGGCAGUGUCUGCCACAAGUGUCACAACCUCUCCUCUGUCACAAGAUGAGGGCGCGCUACCGCAAGGCGCAUCAACACCUCGCAUUUCGCGCAAGAAGGCGAGCAGCAUUUCGGCGGGCACAAACUUCAAGGACCUGACAAAUAAGGUCAACCAGAACCUGCAUGGUAGGAGAGCAAAUGUUUUAGGGCUGGAAAGCUCACAUUGAUUGUUCAAUUAGUUCAUAUGUAAAAAGACAUCAUUCUGCCGCUAUAGGUAAUGUAUAGUUCUUUGGUGGAUAGGCCCCGAAUCAUUCUGGUCCGUUCGCAGUCUUGCCCUACUUUUCUGCAUCUUCUGGAGGCCCAUCUUCGCCCCAGUUUCGCGCCACUUAGAAAACGGCCUAUUUCCCUUCAGCAUUCGCUCAUGUACUGUACGAUUCCUGGGAUGGCGUUCUCUGGGCGGUUACAUUCAAUUAAUGAACUCGGAUUUCACUAUAGA